AGAAUUUUCCCUGCAAAUAUGGAAAGUAAACAAAAGAAUCAGUAACACAAAAUACUUUAAUAAACCUUUAUUAAACGACAGCUAGACAUAAUAACAAUAUAUAAUGCAAGUCACAACAAACAGCUCGCAAGAAAUGUAAACAAUACAAGCAUGCUGAGAAAGUCAUUUCAGUUUUCUGCUAUUUAUUUUCGUAAUUACGGAAGAAGUUCAUUUAUACGUGCAAAAUCAGAGACAUUAGAUAAGGUACUUGUAGAUAAACCAAAUAAGAUAAAAUGGGACACAAUAAGGAAUGAGAUACAACUGAAUGAGAAGACAGUAAAUGAAUUUAAUAUUGACUCGCUGAUUCUAUCAAAAUGUUUCAAUGGAGCACAGCUGGAUGUUGCUUUAUCCUAUAUAAAUUUCCUUCAGUCAAAGUCAUUGGAAAUAAAUGAUGCAUCGGUGAGCAAAUUAAUUAGACUCUAUUACAAGCAUUUCACUGCUAAACGAGAAGAAUUCACAAAAAGUCAGGAAGACGAAAUUCUCAAAUGGUGCAAAAUAAUAAUUGACAGGCAUGAGACCCUCGAUGCAUCUACAGCUGAAAAUAUCGUGCAUGGCCUGUCAUUAACACAUCGUUGGAAAGAUGCAUUCAAAUAUUUUGAUCAUAUAAAAAUGUCUGGGAAGGAACUGUCUGAUUCGGUCUAUAGCUGCAUAUUAUCAAAAGCCAUUGAAAAUGAUUCCUACAGUAUAAUUUGGGACCUACUUAAUGAGAUGUCUGAAAAUCAAGUCGUACCAAGAAGCUAUGUGUUUAUUCAAUGGUUUAACAAGCAUAUUAAUGAUGAGGAUAAAGUCAAUGAAAUGCUUGAGUACAUCAGUGACAAUCACAUUCUUCUUCCUGAAAUAGACAUACAGAACUUUUCAGAUGCUCUUAAACCGAAAUACACAUGCUCAUUUGUAUCCAUCAAUCGAAAUGGACGAUGUCCAUCAUGUUUACAGAAACUUCCAGGAGUAAAACUAUUAGAAACAGAAUUUAAUAAAAUAGCAGCUCAGUUCCUUGAAGACAUUUUCAUCCGUAAUGAUGUGUGGCUGAAAACUAAUCCCAGUGAAAUAAAGCGAUUCAAGGAAUUUAUAGACAAGACAAAACCUUACGAUUCAGUCAUAGAUGGCCUUAAUGUAGCAUAUUCACAAGGCGACAAACUAUCACCAAAAGUUUAUUCAAAAAUUCUAGCUCAAGUUGUCAAGUACUUUGUGGAUAAGAAAGAGAAAUGCUUAGUUAUUGGAAGAAAGCAUAUGAAAUUCUGGCCAAAAAAGGAGAUGAGCUAUGUUAGAGAGAACUCCAUGCUGUUCCUGACUGAAGAUUUAUCCAACGACGAUCUCUUCCUGCUGUAUGCAGCCCUAAAAAGUGGACCGAAGACAAACAUAUUCUCAAGAGACUUAAUGCGUCAACAUUCACAUCUUUUAAGUCCAAAAAUGAAGAAAGUCUUUAGGAGAUGGCAGCAAGAGCAUCAGUAUCAUUUAAUUACAGCACAACAGAAAGUCAUUGUAAGGGAACCAAUAACAUUUGAGCUACGAGCACAUCGAGUGAAUUCUAUAUGGCAUUUACCAUUUACAAAUGAGAAUAUUAAAAAUACUGUAGAUACUUUCAUUUUACCGGCGUGCUGGCUAUGCCUUAAGCGUACAUAAAAGCAGUUUAAUUGUAAUGUAGAAUAAAGAAAUUGAAUUAAAAUGUACUAUUUAAUCUUAAAAUUGUUUAACAUAAAUCGACAUAAAGUUCAAGGAUGAUGUUAUUGGCAAAAUCUCCGCUUCUGCUUCAUGCUCUAUGCUGUCUUUUAUCCACAAGAA